AUGGCAAGCAAUAAUCUCUUUUUCAAUGCCCCACAAACCUUGACCGGUGAAAACUAUCAAAUUUGGGCACUUAAGAUGAAGUCUUAUCUUGAAGCUUAUGAUUUGUGGGAAGUUGUAAAAGAAGAUAAACCCAUAGAACCACUUCCUGAAAAUUCUACUCCUGCCCAAAUCAAAGUUCACUCAGAAGAGAAACCCAAGAGGCACAAAGCCAAAAUUGUGAUUCAAAUUCUGUUGCUGAUUCAAUGUUUUCUAAAAUUAUUGCAUGUGAAACAACAAAAGAAGCUUGGGAAAAACUUGAAAAGGAGUAUCAAGGAAGUGAACAAGGCAGAAAAAAUCAAAAGAGAUUUUGAAUCUCUUAGAAUGCAGGAGGGUGAGACAAUCACUCAGUAUUCUGACAUAAUUGUUUUGAUUGUCAACAGAAUCAGGUUGCUUGACAAGAAUUUCAAAGAUAACAGAAUAGUUGAAAAAAUCCUUGUGACUAUUCCUGAGAGAUUUGAGUCUAAAAUCUCCGCUCUAGAAGAGUCUAAAGAUCUCUCUACUAUAUCCCUUGCAGAAUUAAUAAGUGCUCUUCAAGCACAUGAGCAAAGAAGAGCUUUCAGACAAGAUAAAGUUCUUGAAGCGGUUAGCUCACGUUAUCAGCUAUCACUACUUACUGUAAUUCCAUUGCAAUUUCGUUGUUCUCUUGGUGGGCUUAAACUUGGGCUUUCAUUUGUAAGGCUUUCUCUAAAUCUUGAAUGA